AUGCUACUUCAUCGUCUAGCUCCACCUCGGCCGCCAAAGCCUAGUUUCUCGAGAACCAUUCAAGCGACCAUAUCUCCGAACACAGGGCAUUUUCAACUACACUUCUACGUUCCGAACGACUAUGUACUGCAACAGCGUUUGCGCCGAAAGAGAUUCCCCGUGGUUGUCAACUUCCACGGGGGAGGGUUCACACUUGGGACCGCAUCAGAUGAUGCUAGAUGGGCACAAUGCGUUGUCAGUCAGGUUAAUGCCGUGGUCGUAGCGGUGGACUAUCGUCUUGCACCUGAGCAUGCUUUCCCAACACCAGUUGAGGACGGGGUUGAUGCUGUGAAGUACAUCACUGAGCAUUGUGAGGAUCUCCUCAUCGACCCUGAUCGCAUGGCCAUUAGUGGUUUCUCUUCAGGCGGCAACAUGACGUUCACUGUACCUUUACGCAUGCAAGAAGAGACAAUCAUGACCCGGCGCAAAUCCAAGGACCUUUUCAUAAUUUCCGAAUCGCACCAGCUCAAGAUCAAAGCUCUCUGCGCAUGGUACCCACCGACAGACUACACAGUCACGCGAGAAGAGCGACGUGCCACUUGUCUUCGCAAGGACCAGGAGCUACCUGCUAUGUUCACCAACUUAUUUGAUGAGUCAUAUCUGCAGCCUCCUACGCUUGAUAUGGCGCACCCGUAUCUUUCACCGGGCAAAGCCCCGACGGACAUGCUCGCCAAAUUACCCGAGGACAUUAUAAUGUAUACUUGCGAGUGGGAUAUGCUUCUUGCUGAAGGCGAGAAAAUGCGCGAUCGGUUGCGCAACGACUUCGGCAAGAACGUGAGGUAUCGCAUGGUACCAGGCGUGCCUCAUGGAUGGGACAAAGCACCAAACCCAUUGAAGGUCACGCCUGGUGUCUGGGACCAUUAUCUCAAUGCUUGCAAAGACCUGAAAGAGGUGCUGCGGACGCCAAAGGGCGCGAAGCCGAGGAGGUUCUCAACUUUCAUGAGUGUAUAG